GACUGAAAUUUUGUGAGCAAACACUCAUUUAGAACCCACCACCGCCCCUCUCUGAACUCUCUCUCUCUCUCUCUCUCUCUCUCUCUGAUCCACCAGCAUGGACAGUACAAGCUUCUUCAAAUUCCAACUUUACUCUCCUCUUCAGGUACCGGCAUAUUCUUGAUUCGAGAGUGUUAGCCUCUGAAAGAUUUUGUGCUUAGGAGUUUGUCUUUGUGCUGUCGAUUCUGCUUACGUCAUUGGCUAUUUUGGCUCUGAAGUAGCUAUAUGGGUUCCCGAUUUCCCUCGCAUCAGUUAAGCAAUGGCCUAUAUGUGUCAGGCCGCCCAGAGCAGCCGCCGAAAGAAAGGACUCCAACUAUGAGCUCAACAGCAGUACCUUACACUGGGGGUGAUAUAAAAAAGUCUGGAGAACUUGGCAAGAUGUUUGAUAUAUCAUCUAUGGAUACUAGAUCAAGAAAAUCUGGACCCAUAAAUAAUGCUCCUUCAAGGACAGGUUCUUUUGGCGGUGCUGCUUCACACUCUAAUCCAAUGACCACUAACUCUGGUAAUCGGAUGGGUUCUGGUCCAAACGGCGGUGUUCCUGGUUCUGUUUCCAUGAAGAAGACCACUUCUGGUCCACUAAAUAAACAUGGGGAACCAAUAAAAAAGGCAUCAGGUCCUCAAGGAGGAGCCAACUCUCGACACAAUUCUGGCCCCCUUCCACCAGUUCUUCCUACUACAGGACUCAUAACAUCUGGGCCUAUUACUUCGGGCCCCCUUAAUGCAUCCGGAGCUCCUCGGAAGGCUUCUGGCCCUUUGGAUUAUACAGGAUCACACAAGCAAAGUAGUGCAUCUGUGCUUCAAAACCCAGCUGUUACUAAGCUUGGCCAGGAGCACGAGAAUUCCUUCUUCAAAGCCUUCCCGAAGAUAAUUUUUUGGUCCAUCAUUUUACUCUUUGUGAUGGGAUUUAUUGCUGGCAUUUUUAUCUUAGCUGCAGUUGGCAAUCCUAUUCUUUUUGUUGUUGUUGUUAUUUUAUUUCUUGUUGUAACCAUUGUGUUUGUCUGGAAUAGUUGUUGGGGAACAAGAGCUGUCACUGGUUUCGUUGAUCGCUAUCCAGACUGUGAACUCAGAACUGCAAAGAAUGGCCAGUUUGUCAAGGUUUCAGGGGUGGUAACAUGUGGAAACAUUCCUCUAGAAUCAUCAUUCCAGAGAGUUCCUCGCUGUGUCUAUACAUCUACAAGUUUAUAUGAAUACCGAGGAUGGGAUUCUAAGGCUGCUAAUCCAACACAUCGUCGAUUUAGUUGGGGUGUCCGAUCAGUUGAGAGGCAUGUGGUUGAUUUCUACAUUUCCGAUUUUCAAUCUGGGUUAAGGGCAUUGGUAAAGGCCGGAUCUGGUGCUAAGGUGACUCCUUACGUUGAUGAAUCAAUUGCAGUUGACAUCAAUCAAUCAAACAGGGAUAUGUCCCCAGAAUUUGUGAGGUGGUUAGGGAAGAGAAAUCUUUCUGGUGAUGAUCGAGUAAUGCGAUUGAAAGAAGGGUACAUCAAAGAAGGCAGUACUGUAAGUGUAAUGGGAGUUGUACAACGAAAUGACAAUGUACUGAUGAUUGUACCUCCUCCGGAUCCAGUACCUACAGGUUGCCUGUGGUCUAAGUGCACUCUUCCUGCGCACCUUGAAGGAAUUGUUAUAAGAUGUGAGGAUUCUUCAAAGAUUGAUGCUAUUCCUGUGUAGCCAGCUAUUAAUAAAAGAAAAACGUAUUGGGUAUGUGCUGUUUUGGUGCUUUCGAUGCUAAAUGGGCUUCUUAUGUUGUGGUCCUAAGAGUCCUGCUUCGUCCCUUUAACCAGGUGUAUAGUUUUCGUAUAAUCUUUUCCCUUACCCACAUUAUAUGUUGGGGGGCCUUUUUAAAUUUCAUUGGUGUGAUUAUUAGAGAGAGAUGUUGAUAAAAUCGAGGAGUUUACAGUUUGAUAGUAUUAUUUGUAGAAAAUGUUUUGAGAUAAUUUUUGUAUCUUGUCUAUUCGAUUUCAAGUUUGUACCUACAAAGUUGUGAUAUUGUAUCGUUGUUUUCUUAGAACAGAA